ACCAUGGUGUACUUGUACUUGUAGCAUCACUCGGCUCAUGCAUGCCCUGAUCAGACACAGAUACAGGACGUCAGUCGUCAGGAACAGACUACCCAUUCAAUCAAGAAGCCUGAGCUGAGCUAGCGCAAUAAAUGGUAGGUGCGUAAAUGCAGUGGAGACUGGAGAACGAGUCAAUUUCCGGCCGGGUGAAGAAGGAAGACGAGUAACUAUUCACAUGCUGCAUCCUACUACUUGUAGCAACUCAGUAGCGACCCUAGUAUAGAGUUCCAAGCGUACGGUACUAAUAUGACUGUAUCCAGGUAUCAUGUAUGCAAUGUGGGCAAUCUCUGGUCUAUCUCAUUAGUGACAGGACAAUCAUGACCAGUAUUUUCGGAAUUAUUUGAGACAUCGGAGUAUUCAGCGGAUGUCCGGACAGCGUACAACGAGGCGGGCAGUAUGGCGAGGCGCUCCAAAAUGAAAAUUUGCCUGGGUCUCGCUGCUUUGGUGGUUGUCUUCUUCUUACUGCCUAACGUACUGUUCCCGACAGUGCUACAGAGCCUUGAACAGGAAGAUCCUCAGUUUCAUCGGGGAAAGAGGGAGAAAGGACAAUCCAGAAAACACUCUGUGGAAAUCUGGUCUCUCACAAGUGCAGGUGUCUACUUGUGGCUGCACAUUCUCAAGGGGACGCUGACAUCAUCUGCUGGUGGACGACUGUCUGUCGGUGAAAAGGAGUUUGGUUCGUGGAACAUAAGAUUUACACAUGGCAAAGGUCUCGCGCCGGAGUACAUCAAGCCAGACACUGAGUAUUUGGUACUGGCACUGAAUGGACGCUCAGAAGCAGUCAGAUCAACUCUUUUCGUAUGGCUACAACAGAUCCAGGCUUUGUCACAGUUGAAGAAAGUUGGCCUGCUGCUGAUUGGCAGUGAGGAGUGCGAGGAUAGAUGGUUGCUGUCACACCUCUCCAGCUUGCCAGACAUUGAUAAAAAGAUCAGUGCAGUGUGGAUGACAUACGACUACAACCUGGUGGAUGGCCGGCGGUUCUACCAGUGGCCACUCGGUGUCGCAACGUACAGAAACUUCCCCUCGUCCAGCAUAUCCAGUGAAUCACUUGUGCACCCACGUCCGUACAGGUGCAACUUCCUGGGAACUGUCUAUCAAGGCUCAACACGACUUGCACUGCCAAAGAUACUGGAGGACAUCAAUGUAGACCAACGAAACUGCUUCGUCAAAAUUCGGACAGAGUGGGUAGCGCACGAAAAGGUGGACAGCAUGGAGACGUAUCAGCAUGCUCUGCGAAGCAGCGACCUGACGCUGUGCCCCACCGGCAAGAACGCAGAGAGCUAUCGUAUCUACGAGGCAAUGGCCAUGGGCUCCGUCCCUGUCUUGGAGUUGGCUGAUCCAACCGGAACCUGUCAGUCCUCAGUGGCCAACAGCAAGCUAUUGCCUGCAGGUCUAUCCAUGAUGUCACUGGCUGAGGAGAUAGCUGGCCCGUAUCGUUUGUUGAAAAGUCUGCACGCGCCGGUGAUCUACAUCAAUUCCUGGUCAGACCUGCCCGAGCUGAUUAGAAAGGAGAACCUGCUAAGCCUCGAGCAGGUCAUCGGCAGGAGACGCCGCAUUGUCAAGUGGUACAGCGACUUCCGGGAAACCCUUGCCAAAGCGUUCAUGCACGGUUUGGAUGAGAUGGUGCACGAGGAACGACGGAUGGGAAACUAGGACUAGUUGUUGCAAUAACCACCCUAAUGUUACUGCCUGUAAAAAUCAGGAACCGUCUUAGUACAGCUGUUCUUUGAAGUAUUUGAUGACCAGUUUGCUUUCGAUGCCCACACUCCAUUGAAGUUGAUUGACCUUAUAGCGGACUUAUAGGCAUGAUUUAAAUUGGUUCAAAAAGUUUAGCACCUUCCGGUAUCUAUUUCAAGCUGCGCAUUGAAUUGAAUUGAAGUACCGCCGUGUUCUCUCUACCAGUUAUUAUGGGUAUGUCCGUCAUAUCACUGUGUUUAUGUUCCUUUCAGUGUACCCCGCGCUUCCUGAUGACUGGCACUUUCUAGUUCCGAAUUCAAUUCUGUUCCCAGAAAGUUUA